UACCCCACCCGCCCGAAGUACCACGGCCUGGUAGCGACCGAGCCAUUGGGGCGCGUUGCUGUGCACAAGGGCCUGGUCACUGCAUUUCCCGCUGGAACUGCCCGCAAUCCAGCAGCUCACAGCAAUUGAGCCCCAGCUGGAGAUCAGACAUCAAAUCUCCAGCCCAUUUCAGCCCGCUGCACGCUGUCAACACCCACCUCGACGUUGGGGUUUGUCUCGACUUGCCUGGCCGCCGCCACCCUUGUCAACCAAGCGUGCAAGCUCACACAUCCCAUACCAACGCUUUGUCGCCCGCCUCGAGUGUCAUGACAGCCGCCAUUUGAACCACCACCAAACAACCACCAAACCACCCGUCGACCGCCGGCUACAAUCCACCUCGCCUGCACCCACCUACUCCCGCCCUGAUCGCUCUUCUCUCGGCAACGCGUCCUCUCGCAUCCCGCUAUCUGCUGCGCCGCCCCUCCCCCAAUCCCGCCAUCGCCCCCGUUGUCGAGCUGAAAACAGCCGCCGCUGCCCAGGAUAGAGUCCUCGGAGCUACAGCCGCUGGACAUCGUCAUCGACGACGACGACGGCGUCAACAUGGACACCAACAUGGAGGACGUCGGCCGCGUGCCCACCGACCUCGCGCCCCAGCCCGCCCUGGAGCCCACCACCAUCCCCACGCUCGACGGCUGGAUCGAGAGCUUGAUGUCGUGCAAGCAGCUGGUCGAGUCGGAUGUCCAGAGACUCUGCGAGAAGGCGCGCGAUGUUCUGCAGGAUGAAUCCAACGUCCAGCCUGUGAAAUGCCCCGUCACCGUUUGCGGCGAUAUACAUGGCCAGUUCCACGACUUGAUGGAGCUCUUCAAGAUCGGAGGCCCCAACCCCGAUACGAACUAUCUUUUCAUGGGUGACUACGUUGACCGAGGCUACUACUCGGUCGAGACGGUCACGUUGCUGGUGGCGCUGAAGAUCCGCUACCCGCAGCGCAUCACGAUCCUGCGGGGGAACCACGAGUCGCGGCAAAUCACCCAGGUCUACGGCUUUUACGACGAGUGCCUGCGCAAGUACGGCAAUGCCAACGUGUGGAAGUACUUCACGGACCUAUUCGACUAUCUUCCUCUCACAGCCCUGAUCGACAACCAAAUCUUCUGCCUUCACGGUGGCCUCUCGCCCAGCAUCGAUACGCUCGACAACAUUCGGGCGCUCGACAGGAUCCAGGAGGUGCCACACGAGGGCCCAAUGUGCGACCUUCUCUGGUCCGACCCCGACGACCGCUGCGGCUGGGGAAUCUCGCCCCGUGGCGCCGGCUAUACCUUCGGCCAGGACAUUUCCGAGGCCUUCAACCACAACAACGGCCUGACCCUUAUUGCCAGAGCCCACCAGCUGGUUAUGGAGGGCUACAACUGGUCCCAGGACCGCAACGUCGUCACCAUUUUCUCGGCACCCAAUUACUGCUACCGCUGUGGCAACCAGGCCGCCAUCAUGGAGAUUGACGAGCACCUUAAAUACACCUUCCUCCAAUUCGACCCAUGCCCUCGCGCGGGCGAGCCACUGGUCUCAAGACGGACACCUGACUACUUCCUAUAAUGAACUAUGGCGAGGUCCACGAACGGUGGAGGGAGAGCGGAAAACAAGCCAGGGCUGCACGGUGCAAUCACACUACCCCCUCGAUAUCCGUAAUGCCAUAUCCCAGAACCCGAACCCCCGUCUGCGCUGUUUGUCGUGCAGUGGGUAGAUAUCGCCAGUUGAUAUUCUACCUGUUUAAAAUCACGUGGCUUGUUAAUGUCUGCGGUGUCCCAUUGCCCAAGGGGAGAGAAAAGGAAGGCAGAACUGUUCCAUGUUGGAUCUCCAAUGCCCCCCUUUGCAGGUGUUGUCGGGUGUAAUAUCUUCCCUCAGAUGGGGACGGAGACGGAGACAUGGUCACUGUGGGGCACGGCGUGUGUUUGGUCAACGGAUGUGGUGGCGAGCAGCGGGAGUCGGAGAGGGGUUUUGUUUUACAUUCUCGGCACCGGCAAGCUUUGAUAUAGAUCUCGGAUUCGCCCCAGUUGUCUCGGUAGACCUUGUUGUGUAGAACCUACCCUAGAUUCAUGUGACCGACCAACAGAGAGUCGGUGCUGUUGACUGAACGGAACUUGUAGCUAAUAAGUGUUUGUAGUCGUAACGACCUCGUAUACGCAAGGUUUUUGCGUGUUGGAUGAGUAACCCUAACUCUAUUAUACCAUAGCCAAAUAUCCAAC